AUGAACGACAACCGUCUGCUUCUGCGGGCACAUCUAGCUAGUAUCGGAUUCCAAGGCGAUGUUUUCAAUGAGUCCAAACAGCGGGCGUUUUACUUUGCGGAGGUCUUCGUCGACAACAACCAAGUGAAGAAACUCAAAAAACUGAAACCAAAGUCGGAUAGGCUCAGCUGGGAGUGGGGCCAAAGCAAUCAAAUAGUCGAUCUCUAUCGAAGUUUCAAGGUCAAAGUGCCGGGGAUGGACUCCUUCGUCGGGAGCUUCGAAGGUAGAAUCACAGAAUUGCUUGAAAAUGGCGAGUACAUUCCUCCCCGUACUUAUGCUGCUACUGAUCCCAGUGAUCCCAGGCUUAUCGUCAAAGAUCUUACAGAAAAAAGAUGGCACCUCAGACCCGUGGGAUCAAUUGAAGAGUUUAUGAAAAAGGUCGAUAGCGAUGUAUCCCGCCUGAAUGGCGUGGAUAGCGCAGCAUCGCGGACGUUCUGCCUUCUUGCGCCCGUGCUGAGCGGAAUCGUAUCCUUGAUGGAUAAUGUUUCACAGGCAGCGCAGGAGACCGAUACACAGGAUCAGAUUAUUCAGGAUAUGGCCAGCACGCUUCGAGAAAUGCUGGGUGCCGCAAACCAGGUUCCAAAUCUCCCCAUGCUACCAGGCAUGGUUGAUGUAAUUGAGAGGAUUGGUCGGACGUCUCUGGAUGUUGCAUCACUGAUUGACGAAUACACUCACUUGUCCUAUGCUGAAGGCAACGGGAUGCUCAUUCAGACUGGUACCUACAGAGCGCCUGGCGCAGAUUCUGCCAGGGGAGCUCGGUCGCCGGGUGGACUCGUGCUACUAAGACUGUUUGAUGAAGCCAAGGAAAUCGACAACUGGCUGGCACCUGUACACACCUCGCAAAAUUAUAAUGAAGCAUAUGGAAAACGAGAGGAAGGAACAUGUUUGUGGUUCAUUGAGGAAGAAGAAUUUGGAUUCUGGUUAAGAACGCCGGGCUCUAAUCCUGCUUAUCAUUUCAGCGGGCAGAUCAUAAAAGCAAUUCAACAAUUGACACCAUCUGUUGCACUUGCUUACUUCUUUUUUGAUGCAAGAGAUGGCCAGACAGCGCAACAACUGCAUAUGAAUCUCAUUCGCUCUCUCAUCUCACAGUUGUCUCAUCAAAGCGUCAGCGGCAUUUCGUCGGAUAUACGUGAUCUGUACCAAAAGGUCUCCCCCAUGCAUCCACUUGACCAUGAGCUUCAGGACACUCUUGGAAAAAUAUUAAAGGAAUUCUGCAAUGUAUACAUUGUCCUUGAUGCUCUAGAUGAAUGUACAGAUCGGGACAGAACACUUGGAUGGUUGGAAGCCCUACUCGGACAUUUGGACAACAAUGAAAAUCUUCAUUUGGCAAUAACGAGCCGUACAGAACCCGACAUACAGUCAGUAUUUGGGCGUUUGAAUCACACCAUUGUCAAUAUGAGUACUGCCGCAAAUAGGGAUAUUGGCCAAUAUAUCAAGACUUACAUUCAGGCCAAGGAAUUCACCAAGUUUGAUGGAGAGACUCGGGAUCAUGUCUUAUCAGGUUUGAUGGACCGUGCGGAGGGCUCGUUUCGUUAUGUUGCUCUACAAAUUGAGAACUUGAAAAAGUGUGCAAACAAGAUGGAGUUGGAUAAGGCAAUAAAUGAUCUUCCAUGGGGACUGGAUGAAGUUUAUGCUCGGAUCCUACACAAAUGUGAGGACAGAUAUAUUGAAGAUGUCAAAACCUUCCUCCAGUUUCUGGCAUUCUCACAGGAGCCAUUGACACUUAAUGCACUUGCCGAAACAAUACUAUUUGAUUUUCCAUUGGGCUUUAAGGGUACUUUAAACCUGGAUAAAAGUUAUUUGGACCCAGAAGACAUUCUACAACGUUGUGGAGGACUUAUCUUGAUAUCAUACCUUCUGGAAUUGGACACACUUGAAGUUCAAUUUGGUCAUUUCAAUUACCUGAAACCAUAUGCAUUGCACACUUGGGCUAAACAUGCUAUACUAUCAGGUCUGGAAAAGGAUCAAAUGUUUUGCUUGGAUUGGGCAGUUUCAGAGGGUUUGGAAACUGUGGUUCUGUAUAUGUUGGAGGCUGGAGUUGAUCUGGACAUAAAUGGAAGAGAAUGUCAAAACACACUUCUAAUUGCAUCUAAUCAUGGCUUUGGGCUUUUAGUAUCAUGCCUCCUGCAAUAUGGUGUAAAUGUAAACACCCGGUAUGAAGAUGGAACUGCACUCCAAGCAGCAUGCUUCCAAGGUCAUGAACAAAUUAUUAAUAUUCUUCUAAAACAUGGUGCAGAUGUAAAUGUCCAGGGAGGCUAUUUUGGAAAUGCACUCCAAGCAGCAUCAUCUGGAGGUCAUGAGCAAAUUGUUAAUAUUCUUCUGCAACAUAAUGCAGAUGUAAAUGUCCAAGGAGGUUUUUAUAGAAAUGCACUCCAAGCAGCAUCAUCUGGAGGUCAUGAGCAAAUUGUCAACAUUCUUUUAAAACAUGGUGCAUAUGUAAAUGCUCAGGGAGGUUACUAUGGAAAUGCACUCCAAGCAGCAUCCUUCCAAGGUCAUGAGCAAAUUUUUAAAAUUCUUCUACAAUGUGGUGCAGAUGUAAAUGACCAGAGAGGUGAAUAUGGAAAUGCACUCCAAGCUGCAUCAUCUGGAGGUUAUGAGCAAAUUGUUAACAUCCUUUUAAAAUAUAAUGUGGAUGUAAAUGCCCAGGGAGGACAUUAUGGAAGUGCACUCCAAGCAGCAUCAUACCAUGGUCAUGAGCAAAUUGUCAACAUUCUUCUAGCAAAUGGUGCAGAUGUAGAUUUCCAGGAUGAUAGCUAUGGAUCUGCACUCCAGGGAGCAUCCUUCCAAGAUCAUGAGCAAAUUGUCAACAUUCUUCUGAAAUAUGGUGCAGAUAUAAAUGCCCAGGGAGGUGUAUAUGGAAAUGCACUCCAAGCUGCAUCAUCUGAAGGUCAAGAGCAAAUUGUCAACAUUCUUUUAGAACAUGGAGCAAAUGUAAAUGCUCAAGCAGGUGUAUAUGGAAAUGCACUCCAAGCAGCAUCAUCUGGUGGUCAAGAGCAAAUUGUCAACAUCCUUCUGAAACAUGGAGCAUAUGUAAAUGCCCAGGGAGGUGAACAUGGAAAUGCACUCCAAGGAGCAUUGGGAACAUACUGGGGACCUUACAUGCAUGUGGCAGAAAUUCUUUUGGAUAAUAAUGCUGAUGUGACCUCAUUAGAAUAUGUGGACCGAGUUAAAAAUCCUGAACUUCAGCAGCGUCUGCGCAUUGGCUUUAGGCUAUAUCAAGCAAAGCUUUCCACAUCUUCUGCGGGAUCGUAG